UUUCAUCCUUCCAGUACAAUACUUUCCUCCACCAACGCCCACCUUCACCAUCUACUCUCUCUCACUGUCCCUGCUAGACCAGGUACAUCGCAAUCAUGUCCUCUGCCGUGAUCAACGCAGAUGACGCUCUCGAGCCUACCUUGCAAUCCAUUCUCGACCAAAGGUCGCUCCGGUGGAUAUUUGUAGGCGGAAAAGGUGGCGUGGGGAAGACCACAACCUCCUGCUCUCUGGCCAUCCAACUGGCCAAGGUCCGCCGUUCAGUUCUCCUGAUCUCUACCGAUCCAGCACACAACCUUUCGGACGCCUUCUCGCAGAAAUUUGGCAAGGAGGCUAGACUUGUCAAUGGUUUCACAAACUUGAGUGCAAUGGAGAUUGAUCCGAGCGGAAGCAUUCAGGAGCUUAUUGGCCAAGCUGAAGAGGGCGAAGGUCCGGCUGCUGGCAUGGGAGGCAUGAUGCAAGAUUUGGCGUUUGCAAUCCCAGGUAUCGACGAAGCCAUGUCAUUCGCAGAAGUUCUCAAGCAAGUCAAAUCCCUCUCCUACGAAACAAUCAUCUUCGACACCGCCCCCACCGGACAUACCCUCCGCUUCCUCCAGUUCCCCUCCGUCCUCGAAAAGGCUCUUGCAAAGGUCUCCCAGCUAUCUACACAAUUCGGCCCCAUGUUGAAUGGCCUGCUCGGUGCCAAUGGCCAAAUGCCUAAUGGUGCAAAUCUCCCCGAGAUGAUGGAGAAGCUGGAGGGCUUGCGAGAGACAAUCAGCGAAGUCAACACACAAUUCAAGGACGAGAACCUCACCACAUUUGUCUGCGUUUGUAUACCGGAAUUCCUCUCCCUGUACGAGACGGAACGAAUGAUUCAGGAACUGGCAGGAUACCACAUUGAUACCCACUGCAUCGUCGUCAACCAGCUGCUGUUCCCGAAGGCAGGAAGCGAGUGCGAGCAAUGCAAUGCGAGGAGAAAGAUGCAGAAGAAGUAUCUCGAGCAGAUUGAGGAGCUAUAUGACGAGUUCAACGUUGUCAAGAUGCCGUUGUUGGUUGAGGAAGUUCGAGGCAAGGAGAGGCUAGAGAUGUUCAGUGAGAUGCUGAUCCAUCCGUAUGUCCCACCUGCUGGGGGUCUAUAAUGUGUCUAGAAUAGAGCCUUUCGUGCGUCGAUACCCAAGAAUACAAAGAGCGUUGAAACGUACGAGUUUGAUUCAGUGCUUUCUGAGAAACUUCCGAAGCUCGCAAUGUUUUUGCAACAUAGGGACAAUCAGUCAAGUGGCUGAACAGCCUAGCUAUCGGCUUU